AUGAAAACGAAUCAGCACGCGAGCCAACGCAUCGCGCGCGAUCCGUUUCUCGUUCUCAGUCCGAGCCCGCUCUCGGGUCUCUCCCUGCACUACUUCAAGCUCAUGCACGACACGCAACCGCUCGGCUCCAUCUCGCUUGAGGGAGCGAGGUUGGCCCUCGACGAAGGCAAGUUUUGGCGCGGAACCUAUGGGUGGGUCAUCUAUGUCGAGAAACCGAAGAAGAGGGAGUUUCUCCUCUGCACGAAGCAGCGGCAGAGCAGAGACGAGUGGAUUAACGCCAUUCUAGCGCUGAUCAACCACAAAACGCCGGGCCUCGCGUCCCCUCUGGCCUCUUUCCCGUCUGGCCUGUCCUCCUCUGUCUCCUCCCUCGCCGCGUCGUCAUCCUUUUCCGGUUUGAAGAGCUCUACCACCGAGAGGGAGAGCAGCUUGUCAGACAGCGGCUACGUCAAUCUGAGCGUUGAGGAAACACCCGCAUUCAGCGAAACAUCGACAGACGCCGGCCACUGGAAGCGCACGCUUUGGAUUGCGGCUUACAAAGAUGACGGCCGCACCAGCGUGGCCGACGAAACGACGAAACGAUUCGUGGAAGCGGAUCCUUACGAACACGACGAGCAACUUAUGCCCGGUCUGAUGGAACCACGAGGGGUUCUUGGCUUGCACAACAAGAACUCGUCCACUCCAGUGCCAGUCCUGGCGGACCUCUCCGAUGGCUAUCUGGCAUACGCGCAGCUCAUCUUUCACGGAGCUGAUUGCGUGGAACACGGCUAUUUACAAUCGUUGAAGGCGAAGGAGGAGCAAGAGCGAAAGGAGCGAGAGCGAGAGCGAGAAGAAAAGAGGUUGCACAGCGGCGGAGACAUCCGUGAGAAGGACGACAGGGAACGUGAGGAUACUAGCGCGUUUCCUGCCGUUGCUAAGCGUGUCCUGUUCAACGGCACUGAGGGUUGGGUGGUGUGCCUGAUGAUGAAGAACUUUGGAAUCGUACGGCUCGCAGCCAACUCCUUCGAGGAAAUCCAGGAGUGGACUCGCUUCCUCCUUUCGCCACCCACCACCAACCGACGCAGCACGACCGUGAACGGUUUCUUGUGGAUCGGCAAGGUCAAAGAAAACAGCUGGGAGCGUUUCUACUGUGUUUCGGACGGCUCUAAAUUCGAGUACUACAAGAUCAAGAACGUCGAGCUGGUGAGCCUGGCGACGAUCACCAAAGUGGAUACGAGCUGGCUUGUGCACGGGGGCUCGCGCAAGGGAACCGCCAGCAAGCAUUUGGUCGACAUCAAGAACUACAACUAUGCCGUCAGCGUGCACACUGACGCUGGUGAGGCCGGCAAAAAGCUGAGCUUCAUGACGCAGGACGAGGAACAAGCGUUCUUCUGGAAAAUGGCGCUCGAAAAGGGUCCCUCAUCGCGCGUCGACACUGCCAAGACGGUCAGCCUGCUCAAGAAGAGCCUGGAGAGCAUGAACAACCACAUCCGCGACGAGAUCCAGAUGCGCAGUGCCGAACACGGGCCGGCCCUCGCCCGCGCCAACAGCGAGCUUACCACCUCAGCCCCCGUCGCUUCUUCGAUGGCGCACCGCUCGCCCGUGCUUCACCGUGCGACCUCGGACCUCCUGCCCCUGGGCUCCGCGAGUAGUGCCGUCCGGGCCGCUGCGCUCGCUGACGCGCUCGUUAAGCACUAUCUGCACGCCGAAGCCGCCCUUCAGGGAAGCGUGUUUCUCCAAACGCAUUUGGAUCACAUCACCAACAUGACCCGGCGCCUCUGUGAACGGGGCGACGAGGAAACAGGCAAAACGCCACUCGGCAACUACCCCGUGAAGAAGCCCGUGGAUGUGGGUGAUGGACACUACCGCAUCCUGUCCCUGGAUGGCGGUGGACUGCGCGCCAUCAUUGAGACCGUCAUCUUGUCUCGGUUGAUCGAGGUGUUUCCUGAUCUGUUGCAGAGGGUCGAUCUCAUUGCCGGUGUGUCGGGCGGAGCCAUGGUGGCCUCGGGCCUGGUAGUCGGCCGCUCGCCCAGCUUCAUCUGCGAAAUGCUCAAGACGUUCGCACCUCACUUCUUCAAGCCCAAGACCAGGCACACCGUUCAGGGUCUGGCCCUGAAUCAAGCCAAGUUUUCGAACGAGCCGUUGACGAUCUUCGGUGACGAGAUCUUCAAGCACGUGUCCAUCAAGGACGUGCCCAAGCGCAUCCUCAUCUCAUCGUUCCUCGUGGACAACGAGGAGGAGGACGAGGACAGGAGCUGGGAGCCCCGCAUCUACCACAACAUUCCCCUGCGACCAGACCAACGGAUCAGCAGCGAAGAGGAGCUGUCGGCGCCCCUCUGGCAUGCCGUGAUGGGGUCCGCUGCCGCGCCGACCUUCUUCCCCUCCUUCAACAAGGCGCUGCAUCCAGUCGAGCCGUCUCGGAUUCACCUCCUGAGUCUGGGAACUGGACACGUGCGACAGUUCAUCAGCGGCGCAGAUCACGACUGGGGCGUGCUGCAGUGGGCGCCCAAGCUCCCCGAGCUUCUGGUGGCCGGUGGCUUGGGCGCGCAGCUCCACAUGGUGAAGAUGCUCUUGGGGAGUCGAUUUCAUCAGCUCAACCCGACGUUUGACAAGUUCAUGCCCAUGGACGACCACACCAUCACCAACGAGCUGAUCGAGAUCGGGAUGAAGACGGAUCUGACGGAGACGAUCGCCUGGGUCUCGGAGCACUUUUACAACACGGCCACCACGACCCCGGCGAAGCAAGCGGCAGUUGACGUGCCCAGUGCGCUGCCACGAGUUCCCAAAGAAAAGAGGCGGGGCAUUCGGCUCAAUCGCACCACGGGCGGAGUGGGCCAAGCCACCACCGACAGCACCAACGACGACGCCGAGCUGCGCUGCGACGUCGGUGCCUGGUACAACAGCGCCAUCUCGCCCAAGUUCGAGUAG